AUGGCAAGACAUAAUUCACGCUCAGCGUCUCCACUCCCACGGGAUGGGCACCGUGCUCGGUCUACGGACAAAGACAGGGACAAAGACGGAGAUAGGAAAUAUUUCAGGGAUGACUCUAAUGGCGACGAGGAGGACGGGCGGGGAUCACGGCGAAGGAAGAGUAGGAGCAGAGGCCGGGAGGAAGAGGACUCGUCGUCACGUCGUAGGAAGGACAGGAGCAGGAGCAGAAGUGUAGAUAAGGAGAGGAAGAAGCGUAAGCGAGACAAAUCUGAAGACAGGAAAGCGCGUAAAGCGGAGAAAAAAAGAGCAAGGGAGGAAGAGGAGGCUCGUCAGGUCGCCGAACUUAGUGUUUACAGCGCGACAGAUAAUCCUUUCCACGACGUCAAUCUCGGCCAACAAUUUAGGUGGCAUAAGAAGAACGAAAAGGAGAGGAAGCAGGGUCUGUCGGUCGCAGAGGCGCAAAGAAGGGAUGCCAUCCGACGGCAGGAAGCGAAGGAGGAGCUGGAGAGGCUGAACAAACGAAGGGCGGAGAGAGAAGCCGAGCAGAGGAUCAGGGAGGAGGAAGAAAUCAGAAUGCACAGGUUAGCGGAGUCCGCGCAGAUGGCUGAUUGGUUGUCGAAAGAGGAGGGCUUCCAGCUCGAACAGGAGCGAAUGAGGGCGGCCAUACGCAUCAAAGAAAAGAGAGCAAAGGCUAUCGAUUUCCUGGCCCUCAAUCUCCGAUACGUCAACCCUACUGAGGAUGAAGAAGACCAAGUGGAUGAUGAUGGCCUCGAAAUUGACCUGGACGAGCCCUACAACAUCCUUGAUAGUCUCUCUCCAGAACAAGUGGAGGAGUUACAUGACGAUAUUGAACGAUAUCUUCGAUUGGAGCAAUCCGAAGUCAACAUUGAGUUUUGGACAAACAUGAUGGUUGUCUGUAAAGACCAGCUGGAUCGAAUCAAGGCCAAUCAGCGCUUGGGGGUUGAAGCUGCCGCAGCCGUCGAAGUUGAUAUUACUGCAUUGCUCCAAGGCAAGAGUUACGACCAUCUUGUAGCCCUGCAAAAGCAGGUCCAAGCGAAGUUAUCAAGUGGUGAACCAAUCGAUGUCGAUUACUGGGAAGGCUUAUUGAAGAAAUUGCUGGUGUGGAAAGCGAAGGCGAAAUUAAAGGCAUUGCAUGAAGUCGUCGUUCGCAACAGGCUCGAGCAGCUUCGUAAACGUCAACGUGACGAGGCUUUGCACGCGCAAGAGGAGCUAUUAGCAGGCGUUGCGAAGUCGGCUUUAAGAGGCGAGGCUCGCGGCAUCAUCCCUGCUGUGGUUGCUGCGGAACAAGAGGGCGGUCCUGCGGAAGAGGUUGAAGAGUAUGCUCGGUCUAUGAGUCCAACGUUGCUUGACAUCAGGAAGCUACCGUAUGAAGAGCGUGAGAUCGAUAUCGUGACGGCAUUGGAGGAUUUGCGCUCACUGUUAGAACAGCGUCGUUCAGUGGCGGGAUCUCGAUUCGUGGCGAAGACCACCGAAGCUCCAGUGGAAGUGCAAGAUACUGAGGCUCCCAGUGGCACCGAUCUCGCUUCAGAAGCACUCUACCGUGCAGAGGCCGAACGAGAACUUGACGAGGAAGAAGAGCUAUUCAAUGUGGAGGAGAACAUCGCUCAUCCUACCAGUUACAACUGGGAGGACAAGUAUCGUCCACGGAAGCCUCGUUAUUUCAACCGGGUUCAUACCGGUUAUGAGUGGAAUAAGUACAACCAAACCCACUACGAUACCGAUAAUCCCCCUCCGAAGGUUGUGCAAGGAUACAAGUUCAACAUAUUCUAUCCUGACCUCAUUGACAAAUCGAAAGCACCUACCUACAAAAUUGUCAAAGAACCCGGAAAUGAUGAGACCGUAUUGCUACACUUCACCGCCGGGCCCCCGUACGAGGACAUCGCCUUCAGGAUCGUCAAUCGUGAAUGGGAAUUUUCUCAUAAGCGUGGCUUCCGCAGUAGCUUUGACAGAGGCUGUUUAUCGCUUUGGUUCAAUUUCCGUCGCAAUUUCUAUCGCAAGUAG